ACAAGGCCACGAGUCCACCACACCACAACACACAGAUCUUCCUCCUUUUCCACAACUUUUACCGAAAAAAUAGUCGUUCGUUCGUUCAUUACAGUCCCAGACCAGAAAACGACACAAACACGAAACGCGAACAACCCCACGGCCAUGGCUCUUCUACUCUUCACCUCUCCACCACACUCUUCUUCUUCUUCUUCUUCCUUCUUCUCCUCCCCAAUCCCCACCAAACAACCAUUCCCAUUUCUUUCCUCUCUCUCCUUCCCCUCCAUAACCACACCCACCAGAGCCCUCCGCCUCCGCUCCCUCCGCCGACACUCCUCCCUCUCCGACGAUGAACCCUCCGGCGACGAUCCGCCCAAGGUCACCGACGAAUGGGGCGAGAAAUCCGACCCCGAGCCUGAAUCCUCGUACACGAAGCUUUCGGCCUCGGACCCUCCGAAGGACGAGGACGAGUGGGGGAAAGAUGACAGGUAUGCCGGAGGAAUCGGCAAUGGCCGUGGAGAUAGUGAGGUUGGGGAUGGUGAGACUGAGACUGAGACUGAAACGAAGGAGGAUUUGGUGAAGGAGAAGCUUCUGGAGCUAAAGAGGUGUUUGGUGGACAGUAUUUAUGGGACUGAGUUGGGCUUUCGGGCGAGGUUGGAGGAGAGAGCGGAGAUUCUUGAGCUGGUAAACCAGUUGGAGGCUUUGAACCCGACUCCGGCCCCGACCCAAGCACUGGAACUUCUUGGUGGCAACUGGGUUUUGUUGUACACUGGGUUUUCUGAGCUGUUGCCACUUUUGGCAGCAGGUUCAACGCCAUUGUUGAAAGUGGAUAAGAUAUGCCAAUCAAUUGACACCAGCAAUCUCACUAUUGUGAACUCAACCACACUGUCCAGCCCCGUUUCGACUUUCUCAUUCAGUGCAACCGCUACUUUUGAAGUUCGCAGUCCCUUCCGAAUACAGGUUCAAUUCAAGGAAGGUACCUUUCAAGCUCCAGAAAUAAAGUCUAGUGUCGAUCUCCCCAGAGAGGUGGAUAUUUUUGGGCAGAAAAUCAGCCUGUCUCCUUUGCAGCAAACUCUCAAUCCUAUUCAGGAGGCUGCGGCAAAUAUUUCACGGGCUAUUUCGGGUCAGCCGCCUCUAAGGCUUCCUAUUCCAGGUGAGAGGACCCAGUCCUGGCUUCUCAUAACAUACCUUGAUGAGGAUUUUCGAAUCUCAAGAGGGGACGGCGGUCUCUUUGUGCUUGCUAAGGAAGGAAGUCCUCUUCUAUAUCAGUAGCCAGAUACAUUAUGUGUGCGGUGUAUCCAUAAAUACACACGUGAUAUCUCUCUCUCUCUCUUUUCAUCGGUAUAAAGAGAAAAAUAUGGUAUUGGUGUCACCUUGUAUAUGUACUUUUUUUUUUUUUUUGACAAAAUAAAUUGCUAUUACAAGCUGCUCAGGGAAAAGAACGUAAAUUAACA